UCAGCAUCCACUCAUCCGGGGAAAUCACGGAAGUGUCAGCGCGGGUGUCCAGUGCUUGGAUGGCAGCCAGGAAGGCUUUCUUGCGUUCGCGGAGGUUUCAUUCUACAGCUGAACAAUUAUAUCUCAAAAUAGCUUGCGCCCCCUAUAUUUGAUCCUUCUGCCCUCUGUUAAAUUCAACCUCUGAUUGACAUUUUCUUUCACUGUUGUUGUAUACACGAGUGUGUACCAAAUUAUACAAAAUGAAAUAUUGUAGAACAGGCAUAUUCAAAACUGUUUUUUGAAGUUAAAUAUCUCAUGUGAGAAGCCUAGAUAUAAGAAAUAUAGGUGCAAGGCGAUUGUUUUGAGGUGUCAAUGCAACUUACAGUACAUGGAUCUGGUUAAAACUUUGAUACUUCAUGCUUUGAUAUGCUGCUACGGUAGCUCAAUACUGAUGAAACAGAAGGAUUAAACAAUACGGUCCAUGUCAUCCUCGAUCUGUGUUGGUAUGCAUCCUCUCCCUUUCCUUUCCUCUCUACUAAGUUGUCUCUCCUUUUCCUUUAAUUAUUCAUGUGAUCUUUCUUGCUCUGAGAAGCUCUUCAUGAUGCACAGAAGGAUUCAGUUUCUGAAUUCUAAUCAACAUGUUUCAGUUGUCUAUUGCAAAAAUGUUCUAUGUAUAUUAUGCGAGGUAAAGGGUCGACCAAAUGAUCAUAUAUGUAUUUAUAUAGAAUCAUAUCUAUCUGUUGGCAGCCAUGUCUGAUGCAUACGUCUUUGCUGAUUAAAAAAAUAUGCACAAAGACCUACGUGAAAUCGCUCGAUAAACAAAAAAUACUGCUCGACCGAUUUCUUCCUCUUAUUCACUGAUCCAUUUUAUAACACAAAGCGCUCACAUGGGCUCUCUUGGGCGCGGCGUGUUGCCGCGCCUCUGCCUGCUAGUCAGGAUUAAUUGUUGCUAUCUAGAGUAUUUAGUGAAAGAUGUGUGAUCAGAGAAAAUUAGAUCUAAUCCUAGAGUAAUUAUGGGGAGCACAGUUGAAAGCAUCGAUGGUAAAGGAUGUUUAGUUUGAAAACCCCAAGAGAUGGGUGGUAAUUUGAGGAAGUAAAUCUGACGGUCCACGAUCACUUGAUCCAAGGGCCAUGGCACCGGUGUCAUUCCUAGCGGUCUCCUAUAAAAGGGGUACGGCAUCCGGAUUCGUGGUUUGAAACUGACCCAAAUUCACUCCCCCCCCCCUCCCCCCAAAUCAUCUCGGGCCGGCCCUAUGUCGUCCCAAAGCAGCCCGGCCGGAGCGCUGCCCGGUUUCCCUAAACCUAUGUGCUACCUUGCCGCCGCCGAUCUACCCCGUGCCCUCGAACGCUGCCGCAUGCUGCUGGACAAGCUGCUGCAACAUGAGGACGGGUGGGUGUUCGCCAAGCCGGUGGAUACAUACGAACUCGGACUCCGCGACUACCACUCUAUCAUCGCCGAACCCAUGGAUCUCGGCACUGUCAGCCGCCGCCUUGAAUUGCGUCGCUACCCGAACCUGCUCUGCUUUGCCAAGGAUGUCCGGCGUACCUUCAGCAACGCCAUGACCUACAACAACAAGGGAGACGAUGUGUACGAGAGUGCUGCUAAGCUCUCUCGCAUCUUCGAGUCAGGGUGGGCCUCCAUUUUGGCGGCGCUCCCGUCGCCGUCGCCGGUCGCCAUGCGCAGGGCAAGGCUCAAGGAUGAGCUGCCGCGGCUGCCGGUGGACUUGCAAGGGAAAGCGGUCGUCAUUAUGAAGGACAUCGGCGGGUGGAUCCAGGAGGCGGAUGGGAGGGUUGAGGUGGAUUUCGACAAGGCCGACGAGGCGACUCUUGACAAGCUCGAGUGGCUGCUCGCUCUCGCCACCAUGAGGAAGGAGGCAGGAGCGCUGGAUAAUCAAAUUUGAUGCGGCGCUGCAUGAUUUUACCAGCAUCAAUUGCUUUUCAGUUCCAGAACGCUGUUGACUUAAACAUGGUUUCCCUCUUUUGCGAAUGAGUAUGAGCAUGAUUUCUAAGUGGCCGUAACAUCGCUAGCCUAGAUAUCCCUGCUCUGGAUUUGUAUGAAUACCCCAGUGUCAGUGUGGUUGUAAUUUGGGGGUUUGUAGCUGGUCGGUUAUUCUGUCUGUUGGUAUAUUGGAAUUAGACUUUAAACCUGUGAUGAUACUGAAGAACUGCAACGAUGUGUGGAAGUCA